GUUUGCAAAAAAGUGUGCAUUAAAAAGUUUUUUACUUAUUUAGCAUCCAUGCUACAAUUUAAUCUUAUUGAAUAUUCAGCCUAUCUUUACUCUUCAUCAUUUAUUCGUUAUCUUAUUUGGACCUACUUUCGAUUCUAUAAGCAAAGUUUCAACUAAAAGGAUGACACCUCAACCUGUGCAAACCCUAUUGAAUGAACUUGGAUUAUUCUACCAAGAUGAUAAUAAUAUUUAUCAUGUAAUUGUUAAAAAGAUUUCGCAAGAUUGUCUUCAAGGGUUAGAAAAUUUUAUUUCUUGUGAUGAUGAAUAUGACUACGAAUUUUUUUUUCAAAAUCCAAAUGAACCUACAGCGAUAUUUUACGUUACAUGUAAAUUAUUGUCGCAUUCUUUAAUUGUAAAUUUAUUGAACAAAGAAAUUUAUGGAAUGGAUUUUGAUGUAAAAGAUUUGAAAUGUAGAUAUUUGUUAACCUUACAUCAAAAAUUAAGUCUCGAAGAAAACUUGAAACAAAUUAUUCCUUCAUAUUUUUCACAACAUUAUACUCCUGAUAAUGAAAUGAUGUUAGAUUCUCAUAAAACCUUGAAUUCUUUCUAUAAAGAUAUUGAUAAUAAUAAUAAUAAUCAAGACGAUUUCGGGAGUAUCCGGUCACAUGAUGAUUAUAUUUCUCACCAAAAUGAAAGUGGAGCUGGAACUUAAAUGUCUUACAUUCAUCAUCCGUAGAAAGGAAAUUAUAUUUUUCAGAUGUCAUUUUACUAUUUUAAUGAUAGAUUACAAUUGUAAUGAUACAAAAUUAUGAUACUAUAAAGAAGUCUACUGAUGAAAUUACAUAUUGUUCUCGUAAUAUACUGUAUUACUA